UCGGAGGGGAAUGGAGCACACAUCUCAAGACUGGGUAACUAUCAUCCAUGGCAUACACCCUUUUUCAUUUUACUUAAGUGUGUUCUUUUGUGUCACACUUAUUCUUCUUGCGUGGUUUCAUUUUAACCAGCGGUAUCUUAAACGGCAACUCAUUCCACGGUUAGAUCUCUUUUCUUACUUGCAUACUGGUUUUCUAAUUGUGCUUCGCUUUACUAUUUGGUUCCAAACACUUCUGUUUGCCUGGUGUUUGAUGUGGGUUGUGAUUCUUCGCUGGCUUUUAAUUUUGGGUUUCUGGUUUCACCCUCUCAUCCUUUUUCCUCCCUUGCUUUUUUCUCUAAAUAGCACCAUGAAAAUUUUAAGUUGGAAUGUGCGUGGUUUACACUCUUCUUUGACUAAACGAUGUCUCUCUAAUCACAUUAAGAAACAAUGGCUUGAUGUGGUUUUUGUUUGUGAAACUAAAAUUCAAGAUCAUUUGAUGUUCACCCCUUUUUGUUCUGUUAAAGUCUGUGACUGCUCUAAUUUUAUAAACAGUGCCAGAACGACCGGGAAGAAAGGAGGACUUUGGGUGCUUUUUUCUAAUUCCCUUCGGCCCGUCUCUGUGACCCAUGGUUCUUUCUUCUUUUUCAUUACUUUUCAGACUGGCCAACUUUUUUCCAACAAUUGGGGACUGGUAUGCUUAUAUGGAUCCCCUCAAGCUGGUCCUCGAGAAGCUGGUUGGAAGGAACUUUUCGCUCUUCUAACCACCGUGGCUUUUCCAUGCGUUUUUAUUGGGGAUUUUAAUGAAUCUCUUCACCAAGACCACAAGUUUGGAGGUAUACCUUCAAGACAUUGUGCCUCUUCGAAACUCCUGUCUGACCAGCUUAAUACUCUCUUUUUAGCGAAAUCCCACUCUCUGGCAAUCUUUUUACCUGGUCUAACAAACACUCACCCCCUUCCCUCAUCAAAGUCUGCUUAGACAGAGCCUAUGCUAACCUUGGUUGGAUUUCUUUAUUCCCUCGAUCCUCCCUAUUCAAACUCCCUUCUAUCGGAUCUGACCACAACCCUAUUCUCUUGGAUCUAUCCCCUACAGGGUUUAAACUAAAGAAACUUUUCCAUUACCAAGAUGCUUGGUCUGAACAUCCUGCUUUUCUUCCCUUCUGUUACCGCCCUUGGAAUGACUUGGGUCCCAACCCGAUCUCUACCAAAUUGGCCUGUCUCAGUCGGUCUCUCCUCAAAUGGAAUAAUGGGGUUUUUGGGAGUAUUCAUUGUCUUAGAAACCAACUUCUCUCUUUGUUUCUCCUCCUUGAAAACAAAGACACCUUCUAAGGAUGAUCUGUACACUGUUGAACACAAGGUUCAUUGGCUUCUUGCUACUGAGGAAAAGUUCUGGUUCCAGAAAUCUCGCCAUUCUUAUAUUUUCGAUGGCGAUAGAAACACUAGAUAUUUUCAUACUAUGGCCAAGGUUAAUAAUCAUUGUAGAUCCAUCUCCUCCAUCAUAUCCAGGGAUGGAUCGAGAAUCUCGGACCCCUUUCUCAUGGCCAAUGAAUUUGCCUUGUUCCUCCAAGAGCUUUUCUAUUCGUCCAACCCCUUGGAUCCCUCCUUCAUUGAAUGCCUUUUCCCCCCUCUACCACCCAGUCACAACCUCCAUUCGCUUGCAACCCUCCCCACUUUGGGGGAAAUCAAAUCUGUGGUUUUUUCGAUUGGUGCUUUUAAAGCUCCUGGGCUGGACAGGUUUCAAGCCAUUUUCUUUCACAAAUUCUGGGUUCUUCUUCAGUCUGAUGUCUUCUCAUUUGUCCAUAAUUUUUUCACUAAUGGAUCCCUUCCACCUUCCUCCAAUCACACUCUCAUCUGUGUAAUCCCCAAAAAACCCAUUGCCACCAGGGUUACCGAUUUUCAUCCGAUCAGCUUGUGUACUGUUACCUAUAAGAUCCUAGCAAAAAUUCUUGCUUCACGACUUGAGCCUUUUCUGAAUGAUAUUAUUUCUCCGUGCCAAGCUGCUUUUGUCUCAGGAAGACAAAUCUCUGACAACAUUAUCCUAGCUCAGGAAAUCUUUCACUUCCUUAAGAGGAAAAAAAAAAUGGUAAAUUGGGCUUUGUGGCUAUCAAACUUGAUAUGGCCAAGGCCUAUGACAGGCUUGAAUGGAAAUAUCUUUUAGCCAUUUUUAAUUUUCUCGGUUUUGUUUAGCAUUGCGAACUUUUGAUUUCCAAUCUCAUCUCUACACCUUUCUCUAUCAAACUCUUCGGCUCUGCUUUCAAUCAUUUCACAACUUCUAGAGGUUUGAGACAAGGUUGCCCCCUAAUCCCAUUUUUGUUCAUUGUGGCUAUGGAAGGCCUCUCAAGACUCUUAUCUACCUACAGGGAACUGAAUCUCUUCAAAGGCAUCAAAAUCUUCAGGUACGCACUUGAAAUUUCUCAUCUCUUUUUUGCGGAUGAUACUUUCAUUUUUUGCAGAGCCACAUCGGAGGACCUAUCCACAGCAUACUUGAUCUAUUUUGUGAAAUGUCUGAACUUUCCAUUAAUUUUGACAAAUCUGAAUUAGCUUUCGGUUCUAAUGUCUCUACUGCGAUCAAAAGCUCUCUUCGCAAGGUUAUUGGAAUCAAAUAAAUGGGUACGGAAUCUACUUACUUGGGAUCUCCUCUCUUUUCCCCCAGAGCUAGAUCCCAAAUGUUUCUCAACGUAAUAGGUAGAAUGGAAUCCCAGCUAAGCAUGUGGAAAUCCAAUCAACUGGUCCAAUCAUUCUGGUCCAAUCUUCUUUAUAUUCCAUACCCUCCUAUCUAAUGAUGUGUUUUAAAUUGCCUAAAAAUAUAUGCAGGAAUAUUGACAAUAUCUGCUUACAUUUUUGGAACAAUGGUACUGAUUCCUUAAAGAAACUGCAUACCAUCAAUGGAAAAAAUUUGUCAACCAAAAACCAAUGGUGGACUUGGCCUUCGGAAUGCCGAAACUCAAAAUAAGGCCAUGUUGGUUCGUUUCGGGUGGAGACUUCUCAAUGAAAAUAAUUCCCUUUGGGCUAAAACACUUAGGUCUAAAUAUUUUCAUAACAGAUCUAUCUUCAAUAAGAAAACCAUUCGAUCAGCUCACCCUGCUGGAAUGCGAUUGUAAGUAUACUUUCUAUCCUUAAGCAAAUGAUUUUCAGGAAAAUUGGCAAUGGAAGUAGUAUUUUUUUCUGGUAUUAUCCUUGGAUCUUUAAUAAUAGGAAUAUGUUUAUUGAGGAAUUUUUGGAGCCUAAUAACCAUCAUAAUCAUAAUGAUUUGGUAAGUAUGGCUUUAUCUAAUCUGCAUUGGAAUACAAAUCUCCUUAGUAGUCGCCUCCCUUCGCAUCUAUCUUCUCUAAUCUCUACUAUACUUAUUUAUCAUUGCGAAAAUAGAUGGUGGUGCAACCUUUCAAAUAAAGGGAUUCUCCCCACAAAGAUAGCAGCCCGUUUUAUUCAAAGAAAAAUUACUAACUCAAUCCAAUGAAUGCCAUCACAGGUGUGCUUGCUUAUCACCUUGCUCUCAAUGGUGGUAUUUUCUCUGGAAAAUCAAUAUUCAUUUCAAAUUUAAGUUGUUCUUUUGGAGAGUGGCUCUACAAGGAAUUCCGACCAAAGUGUUCUUGAAUACUUGGAUUGACACAGAUCCAACCUGUGAUCUAUGUCUCCGUGGACAGGAGAACAUUUUGCAUGUGUUUCUCACAUGUGAGUUUUCAAGGAGAGUGUGGGCUGUUGGCCCUCUUGGGCUCAGAAGCGAAUAUCUAAAUUUUAAUUCUUUUCCCUCCCUUAUGUAUUUUUUCCACUCUUUUAAGCAGGACACUAGUAAUUUGAAUUCCUUUUUUAAGGUUUUUAUCCG